AUGCACAAAACAAUCUCAGCCGGACUUAACGUCUUUGCCGCCGCACCGACUCCCGCCGGCAAGCGCCUUACCGACGUUCGCCACUGGAAGUCCGCCAGGUGCCGCCUCGCUGCCACUCUGAAUCGCCAGCGUUUAACAUGUCGUCUUCUCCAUCGCGAAGCUCUGUCCCACGCCGGUCGCCGUGGCAACCAUCCAAACACCGAAAAAUCACCGCCUCCACUGUCGCGGACGACCGGAGGCCAGAUCUCUUUGGCGAACCGGACUGAAAUUGACGCACCGCAAUAUGUAUUUGGCGGCCGGCAGUGGUCGCGAUUGACGGGAUGCAGAGCCCCUCGCAGCGGCUUCGGAGCGUCCUCACGGCCGCGUCUCAGUCUCGGUUGA